GCUAGCUUGACACGCAGCUGCUGUUGCUCCGCGGAGGCACAGCCGUGAAAGUGGUGGAGGCGGACAUUGUUGUGGCAACAGGAUGAGCAGUGGUGGUGUCCCUGCCGCGAGGAAUGGCGAGAUAGGGAUAAGGCUGUGCUUUGUUUUUGUUUGUUAAGAAGAAAUCUUUUGGAACAACAAUAACAACAGAAACACAGUCGACGGCAGCAGCGGCAGCAGCAACAGCGGCGGCACCGUGCGGACUCCCUCUGCUUCUGCAGCCACCGGGGGAAGUGAGUUCAUUGAGCCGAGGCGAGCGCAGCGCAGCGCAACCUGAUGAGAUGCAAGCCACGUAAAUAUCACAACAUCUGCAGCAGCGGGUCGUGCGGCUCCGAGGCUGCGGGAUCAAACCUCCGUGGAUGAGCCGUUAGAAAAAGGGGGGAAGAACACCCCGAUUUUUGCCUUCAAAACACAGCGAGAGGAGGUGAAAGCAGGCUUUUCCUGCAGGCCUUUCAGGAGAACACAGCCUGCUGUGGAGAGGAUGACAGAUUGACAUUAAUGAGGGUUUGCGGUGCCGUUUCAUACACGACCUCAUUAGAGCUUUUUCUACAUAGAACAGACUCAAGGUUCGGCGUCAACACCGGGCGACUGGAGGGAAAACCAUCCAGACACAGACAUCACAUGUUUCUGCCUGGAUUUGGCCUCUUGUACUGGAAUAAUGGUGCAGGCUUCAUGACAUCAGCCCAACAAGAUGAGGAUGAGGAUGUGGUGUUGAAGCCUGGGGUAUAGAGCCGUCUCAUCGAACCGAAUCUCAGGGUACCAUCAUCAAAGUGUGCAGGUUUAUAAGAAGACAAUGGGCAGCGAGGGUGAGGUAAUAAACAGAGAGCUGUCGAAGAUGUCUGACGAAGACCUGCUGUCGUGCUCCAAAGAGGAGCUGGUGAGCCGGCUGCGUAAAGAGGAGUCCGAGAAAAUCUCAGCCCUCAUCCAGAGAGGACGCCUGAUCAAGGAGGUAAACAAACAGCUGCAGGGACACCUCCUGGAGAUCAGGGAGCUGAAAGUCAUCAACCAGCGCCUCCAGGAGGAGAACACGGAGCUGCGGGACCUGUGCUGCUUCCUGGACGACGACCGGCUCAAAGUGAAGAAGCUGGCCCGGGAGUGGCAGCUGUUCGGGCAUCACGCCGCCAAAGUGAUGCGGGAGGACCUGGGCGGAUAUUUGAAAAAGCUCGCCGACCUGGAGCGCAUGCAGGACGGCCUGGUGAAGGAAAACCUGGACCUGAAGGAGCUAUGUCUGGUCCUGGAGGAGGAGUGUGUCAGCAGGAGUGACUCCAGCCCCGGCGGCUCCACCGAGCUCAACCUGCCCUGCAUGGUGGCCCGGGACCUGGGGGACGGCAGCUCGAGCACAGGCAGCGUGGGAAGUCCGGACCAGCUCCACCUGGUUUGCUCACCUGAUGACUGACGACGGUGAAAGAAGAAUGACUCACUAACUGAUGCUUUGUCAGACAGUCUAUAUACACAACAGUCUGCAGCAAAAAAAACAAACCCACAAUAUUAUAGGGCCUGAAUACUGCACAGAUUUGUGUGCCACCACUUUUGACUUGACAAAGGUUCUUCACUAUGGACGUUUUUAGGACAUUUAAUAGGUGUUUUUUCCAGAUGAUAAUGUAUUUUACAGUGUUUUUCUAAGGACUUGACAUGUUUUGGGGAAAUCCUUUUUCAGUUGUCUGUUGUUGAAAAGAAAAUGGGACCAGAAAAGUGGGUCACAUAAAUUUAUCUCAUGCACUGGACUAGCCUACACUGGUAGAAGCCUUUUUUCUAUUGCACUGGACAGUGUUAUCAUGGAUCUUUAAAUCUUUAAAAGAUUCAUUACAAUCCAGUUUUGAGCCAUAUUUAGUCCACUGAACUCCAAUAGCACUGACAGGUGAGUUGUGAGAAAAAGGUUAAAGGAAAAAAAAUGAAACUAUUUGAUAAUUGCUUUUGCUAUUGAUGCCCAAUAAUGUGUAAUAUUUUAUGCACUCUCUUCCUCAGGACAGGAGUGGAGUGCCAUAUGUGCAUGAUGACUGUCACACAUUUGUACAGGCCUGUGAAUCAGACUUGAGUUGAAGUCCCAUCAGGUUUACUGCAGGUGGCGCUGCUGUGCAUAAUGUAACCUGUGCUCCAUGAGCCAGCGCGCUUUUUAAAGGUCCACAGUGUAUUAUGUAGGGUGGGGUUUGUUUUCAGGUAGUAAUUGUACGGAAGAGUAUUAGGGCCACAUGUAAAAAAAUUGAAAGAAAGAAAUAUUAUCUUAUUAUAUUAUCUCUAUAUUUAAAAGAGCAUGGACUCUGAGAAAUAAGUCAUAAUUCUGAGAAUCUGAGAAAAAGUCAUAAUUCUGAGAAUCUGAGAAAAAGUCAUAAUUCUGAGAAUCUGAGAAAAAGUCAUAAUUCUGAGAAAAAGACAGAAUUCUGAGAUUAAAUUCAGAAUUCUGAGAUUAAAUUCAGAAUUCUGAGAUUAAAGGCAGACUACUGAAUUUAUAGUCAUAAUUCUGAGAAUAUGAGAUUAAACUCACAAUUCUAAACUUUUUUCUCAGAUUCUCAGAAUUAUGACUUUAAUCUCAGAAUUCAUGCUGUUGUAUUUUUUUGACUUUCUUUCAAAAAAAGUACACAUGGCCCUUUUACUCUUCUGUAAAAUUGAAUAUUCUGCACAUAAGUGUGUUGUAGAAUAUAUUCUCGCCUCAGAAUAAGCAUUUUACAUCAGUGUUUCUGCAGCAAAAGAUGCAAAACUGCAUAACACAAAAAUGAAGAAAACAACAUCCUUUCUGUCAUGAGAAGGCCACCUAAGUAAUAAUUUGCAGUCUCACCAUCACAUGGAGUAAAUUGUUACACACUGGACCUUUAAGGCACAAUAAAUGUCCUUGGACCUCACUCAGAGCUGAACUGCAUAAGUUCUGUCACUUUUUUUAAAAUCCGACUGGAAACUCUUUAUAUGAAACUGGAAGGUCUAGAACUUUUAUGGAUUUCUGUUCUGAUCUGUUCGAGCUGAGCUGUUUUUUUUGUAUCAUUAUUACCUUGUUGUUGUUGAUGUUUUAUUAGCAUACCACGGUUUGUUUAAGUUGGGGGCAGUGGUCAGAUUUUUCUCCUCUGUAUCUCAUGCUUUGUAUUUAUCCUGUGACAUUAGGGAUCUUAACUUUCUUAACUUUGACUCUCCUUAAUCUUGGUUUAUCUGUAUUACUUAGCAUAACUAACCCAUCUCAGUUUGAGUCAUAGAUACCGCACAUUGAUUAGAGCAGAUUUAUUUUGUUGUUACAGCUGUUUUAAUUGGUGGACUAUGCUCGUAGUGCAUUGGAGAGAGCUUUAAAUACAAUGGGUAUGACACUUUGGGCUGUUCUGACCUUUUUGUGUGUGUGUGUUUACAUUUGCAGAAACAAACACUCAGACAUGCAUGUCACAGAAUGAAGCAUUGAUUUCUGCAUGUGUGGUUUCUGACCUCCACGUCUGAAUCAACUGUGCGUGCUCCAUGUUCCCUUCAUGCCACACAGAGGGAUUUUACAGAAGUUUUAUUUUUAGUCCCGGGCACUGAGGAAGGCACUAAUGCUUUUAUGCACUUAGUGAUGCACAGAUGCCCUUUGACAGCAGCAUACACUGAUUUUUUUUCUUCUUCUUCCUCAUGCUCUCCAGCUUUCGAUCCUCCCCACUCUCUCUCUCUAACCUCAUUUUAGCAGAGUGACCCGAUACCCGCUGAGCCGUGUGUUAGCGAGAGAUUCAAUUCAUUUUUGGGGGAAUGGAGUAACAGAGAACUCUGUGUUCACAGCGUAGGGGCAAAGGACACUGUCAUUAGGAGUUUGUCAGUGUUGCAGCAGCCAAAAGCUGCUAAGCCUUUUCCCUAAACCUUCACUUUAUGCCCAUUUGUUAUUAUCUACUAUAAUACACUGCUCAUUAUUGUCCCAAUGAAAGUGUCAUAAAAUAAUGAAAUAAGCCCAUAAUAAUAAUUGACCCAUUGUCAAAUGCUCUCUUUACAUUGAUGUUCAACAUAGAAAAGAAGACGCAAAUCCUGACUUUAUAGAAGAUUGAACCAGAUAAUAUUUGGUAUUUUUGCUUGAUUACACGCAUGAAACAAUCACAGUUAUCAGAAUAACUCAGUUAAUCUACUACGGGUGUGUUUAAAUUUCAGUUUGUGCUAAAUCUUUUUUGUACACUUUCAAUGAACUGAUCUGAAUCUGAUAAAUCUGUUGCUUUGA